CAAGGCCAUGUUUCUAUUCUCACGCCAAUUUGAUCUAGCAGGUGCUCGACAUAUCCAUCCCCGGUACCGGCGUUGUUCUCUUCACGGAAUUGCAACACCGCCACCCCUACCCACGCCGACCACCAAAUCCUGCUUCGCUUCUCUCCUCCGCUCCUACUCCUACCCCAAACACCUCAAGCAAAUACACGCCUUAAUCCUCACCACCGGCCUCUCCAUCAAAAACAGCCUCCUCACCCAGAUUCUCCAAAUCCUCUCGCUCUCCGGCGAAAUGUGUUACGCGCGCAACCUGUUUGACGAAAUGCACAAACCACGCGUCUUUCUCUGGAACACCCUCAUGAGAGGCUACUUCAAAAGUAAACUGUGCACCGAGGCGCUUGAGAUCUACCACCAAAUGCACAGGCUUGGUGUCCGCCCAGAUGAGUUCACAUUCCCAUUCGUGCUCAAGUCCUGCACUGCACUGCUGGACAACUGGGUUGGAAUGGAAGUCCAUGCCAUGGUUGUCAAGCAUGGCCUCGACUUUAACAACAUUGUGAGUACUGAACUAGUUGUCAUGUAUGUAAAGUUUGGCGAUGCAGAUUAUGCGGACGAUGUGUUUGAAAGCAUGGGAAAUGGUAGGGAUUUGGUCUCUUGGAAUGCCCUCAUCGCUGCCUACUCUCAAUACGGUCGCGCAGAUAAGGCGAUAGCUCACUUCCAGCGAAUGGAAUCCGCUGGUGUUGAGCCCGACACGAUAACUCUGGCCUGCGUCCUCUCUUCAUGUUCUUAUCUGGGGUGUUUAGAACUGGGAAAGAAGCUUUAUUUUAGAAUCAAAGAAGGUUUUCUUCCAUCUAACAUCUUCGUGGAGAAUGCUCUUCUUGACUUGUUUGCAAAAUGUGGCAGCAUGGACGUAGCCAGUGAGCUGUUUGAUGAAAUGCCCAUAAGAAAUGUGGUGUCUUGGAGCACUGUUAUUGGAGGGUAUGCUAUCAAUGGAGAGAGCCAAAGAGCACUAUCUCUCUUCUUUCAGAUGUGUGACGAAGGCGUGAGACCGAAUGAUGUGACCAUGCUCAAUGUCCUCUCAGCCUGCAGCCACGCAGGGCUAGUGAAACAGGGAAAGGAACUCUUUAGUAGCAUAGCUAAACCUACAAUUGAGCAUUGUGCCGCCAUGGUUGACCUUCUUGGCCGAUCAGGUCAUCUUGAAGAGGCCUAUGGUUUCAUCCAAAGCAUGUCUAUGGAUUUGGAUGCUGGAGUUUGGGGGGCUUUGCUUAAUUCCUGCAUAAUUCAGCAUAACACCGAGCUCGGUGAGCUUGCCGCUGAUGAACUUCUAAAGCUGGCGCCUGAGACACCUUCAUACCAGGUCCUCCUAUCGAACAUGUAUGCAGCUUUAGGAAGGUGGAACGAGGUUGAGAAGAUUAGAGAAUGGAUGAGAUUGAGCGAUUUCAGGAAGGUGAUAGGUUACAGCUCUGUCGAAUUAGAUGGAGAAGUUCUUGUAUUCCACGAGGGAUCCCAUGCUCAAUCUGAAAAGCUCCAUCAGCUUUUGUGUGAGCUUACUAGCACAGUGAGGGGCAUUGGUUAUAGACCAGUGAUCAUUUCUGCAUUGCAUGAUUUGGAGGAAGAGGAGAAGGAAGCAGCAUUGAUGGCCCAUAGUGAAAGGCUUGCUAUUGCCUUCAGUCUUAUGUAUUCCAAUAAUAUAGAGUGCCCUUUAAGAAUUAUGAAGAAUCUAAGGAUAUGCAAUGAUUGCCAUGAGUUCUGCAAAUAUGUAUCCAAGGCAAUGAAGAGAGAGAUCAUAAUGAGAGAUAAGAGCAGGUUUCAUCAUUUUAAAGAUGGUCAAUGUUCUUGCACGAAUUUCUGGUGACUCUGAUUUUGGCUUAAUAGAUUGUAAAUAUUAGAUUAGAGAUAGAUAAGAAUAGGAAAAUUUACAUAAAUACCAUUCAAUCCUAAUAUAUUUAUAUAUCGAUUA